AAUUUAUUGGCGUUGCGGACUUGCGGCCCUUGCGGGUAACUGAAUCCGGCCCGGAAUGGCGGAAUCGCAACAUUGGAAAAUACUCAAAUAGGAAAGAAAGAAACCGGCGGGAAACCUUGUGGGUCUCUUAAUUUCUUUUCUGCACUUUGAUUGGCGCUUCACCUCCCUUAUCCGCAUAGAGCAACGUAACUGGAGCGGGAGAAAUCACCUAAACUAAAACAGAAAAAGAAAGAGAAAUCAAUCAAGAGUGACUUUUUGAGCGAGAAGAGAAGCAAAUCCCUGUGUAUUUGGAAGCUAUAGAUCUGCCAGAGACGAUACGGAUGGAGCAGCGGGCGUGAGCGAUAUUUUUCUUGGCGGCGAAGGAGAGCUCUGGAGAAUAGAGCCCGCUACUGGGGGAUACCGCUCUUUGUUGUUGCAAGCCUCCUGCCAAGAAAGGGAUCUCAUUAAUUAUUGCCUCAACAUCUUCUACGUAAGUCCAAGUUGUAACCCUUACCACACAAGUCAGCUUCUUAGAGGAGAUAAAGAAGGAACUUGAAGAUCCCAGUACAAGGCCUGUGAGAACAAUGGAUAGAAGUUGGAUACAUGAGCCUAAUAGAUUGAGUGAGAAGUUUUUGAAAGGGCUUUAUAAUUUUAUUCUUUUUGCCAAAGCUUCCGCGAGAGAUGGAAGAUUUGCUUGUCCUUGUCAAAAGUGUGUGAACAUGCAGCGGUUCUCACCAGGUGUUGUUUCUUCUCAUAUACUGGAAAAUGGGUUCUCGCCGGGGUAUACAGAUUGGAUUUUCCACCGAGAUCCAACCUCUCAAACUAGUGAUUCUAGUUAUUCCCACCAAAAUGAUGAUGGACUAAGAGAAGUUGAUGCACAAGAGCAACACGGCGUUCAACAGUUUCUUGAGGAUAUGGCUGUUGGUUAUGAUGAGAUUGAAAAUUCAAGAUCCAGGGUAGAAAAUGAUAGCUCCACUAUUGAUGAUGGCACCCAACCAACUGAGGCAUAUGAAUAUGCCAAAAGGUUCCAUGAUUUAUUGGAAGAAUCUGACGAGGAACUUUUUAGUGGAUGUCGUAAGCAUAGCAAACUCUCAUUUAUCCUUGAGUUAUACAACAAGAAGUGUAUGUAUGGAUGGAGUGAUAAGUCUUUUGAGGACUUACUGACCACAAUGAGGGAGACGUUGCCUGAAGGGGAAAAACUUCCAGAGUCAUCUUACGAAGUCAGAAAGUUAAUUGAUGCAUUGGGUCUUGAUUACCAAACAAUCGAUGCAUGUCCAAAUGAUUGUAUGCUGUUCUGGAAAGAACAUAUUGAUGAGCCUAGAUGCUUACACUGUAAUGCAUACAGAUACAAGGAAGAGACUGAAAGUUCAUCGACUUCAAAAAGAAACAAGAUUCGAAAGGGAGUGAAAGUACUCCGUUGGUUUCCUCUGAUUCCAAGACUUCAAAGGUUAUUCAUGUGCAAAAAGACGGCUUCUUUAAUGAGGUGGCACUUUGAUGAACGCAGGGACGAUGGGUACUUGAGACACCCUGCGGAUGCUCGUGCAUGGAAAGAUUUUGAUAGUCGAUAUGCUGACUUUGCUAAGGAGCCGCGCAAUGUUCGACUAGGACUGGCCACUGAUGGGUUUAACCCUUUUAGGUCAUUAAGUAGCACUCAUAGCAGUUGGCCAGUGGUUGUAACUGCCUACAAUUUGCCGCCCUGGUUAUGCAUGAAACAGUCUUCUUUGUUCUUGUGCUUACUCAUUCCUGGACCUAAAUCACCCGGAGCUAAGAUAGACAUCUACUUGGAGCCCUUUAUUGAAGAGCUGAUUCAUUUAUGGGAAAAAGGAGUUGAUACAUAUGAUGCUCACGCGAAGACUACUUUCAAGUUGCAUGCAUCGUUGCUAUGGACUAUAAAUGACUUUCCGGCUUAUAGCAUGUUAUCAGGUUGGAGAACGAAAAAAGGCUAUGGAUGUCCAUGCUGUGGCUUCAAUACUUGGUCAAAAUGGUUAACGCAUGGUAACAAAUAUUGUUUUUUGGGGCAUCGUCGGUUUUUAAGCUAUGAUCAUUCAUGGAGAAGAAAUAAGAAAUGUUUUGAUGGCACUGAAGAGUUGAGAGGACCACCUGUUCGGAUGACCGGAUCUUGCAUUCGUGAUUUAUGGGAUUCUAAUGGAUCAACAAGGGAUCUAAAUGGUACAAACAUAAACAUCACGGAGGGGUGCAACAAGAAAAGCAUAUUUUUUCGUCUUCCUUAUUGGGAGUACAAUCGAGUUAGACAUAACCUUGAUGUCAUGCACAUUGAAAAGAAUGUAUGUGAUAACAUUUUAGACACAUUGUUAAGUGUUCGAGGGAAAACCAAGGAUAACUUGAAGGCUCGCUUUGAUAUGCAGGAAAUGGGUAUAAGACGCACUCUUCACCCAUUUAAGUUGCCUACUGGGAAAUACGAAGCAGCCCCCGCUCUUUUUGAGAUGUCUUCGACAGAGAAAAAACAAAUGCUUCGUGUGCUAAAACAUGUGAAGGUACCUGAUGGAUAUUCUUCCAACAUAUCUCGUUGUGUAGAUGUGAAACACAAGAAGAUAAGUGGUUUGAAAAGUCAUGAUUGUCAUGUAUUACUACAUGAUUUGUUACCAGUAGCAGUGAGGGGAUGUCUGAAAGAUAGAGUAGCUAGAGCCUUAAUUGAUUUGAGUGCUUAUUUUAGAGAACUAAGUUCUAAAGUUCUUAAAGUAAGUCGUCUUGAGGAGAUGGAAGUAGAGAUUGGAGAAAUAUUGGCUCGUAUGGAGAUGAUAUUUCCUCCAUCAUUUUUUACUAUCAUGGUCCACUUGGUCGUACAUCUUGUAGAAGAGGCCAAAUGGAAUGGACCCGUGCAAUAUCGAUGGAUGUAUCCAAUAGAGAGGUACUUGAUGACACUCAAAGCUCAUGUUGGGAACAAGGCUUAUCCUGAAGCCUCAAUUGCUCAAUGGUACAUUGCAAAUGAAGCAAUUACAUUUUGCUCUAGAUACUUUGAAGGAGUCAGAACAAGAUUUAAUAAACCUGCAAGAAAUAGUGAUGACAUGGAUCUAUUGAGAACGGAAGAUUCCCCUGUGAACACUACUUCGGGUCAUCCCAUUGGAAAAGUAGAAAAUAUUAUCCUUGAUCCUACUUCUUGGGUUCAGGCUCACCGAUAUGUGCUAUACAACUCAAAGGAAGUUCUCCCAUACAUAGAAGAGCAUAAGGAUGAGAUUAAAAGGAAACUUUCAAGCAGAAAUCGUAGAAAUAAUGCUUCUCGUCUAAUUGAAAUUGAGAAAGUCCACCAUUCCACCUUUGUUGAUUGGUUCAAAGGACGGGUAGCUAGGCUAGAGGAGAUGCAUGAUCCGCGAUUUACUGCUGAACUGAAAGGGCUAGCCCGAGGUCCGAACUAUGGGGUUAGACAAUUUAAAGGUUACAUCACCAAGGGAGUCAGAUAUCAUGCAAACUGUCGUGAAGAGGAAAGAAAAACUCAAAACAGUGGCGUUGUUGUAGCAACAAAGACCUCAAGUUUAGAAGUUGGAGUGCAUUGAAUAAUUGGUGCGGAGCCUGUUGGAAGCAACAUAUUAUCCGGGGGUAAGCCUGGAUUCAAGCCAUUGGGGGAUGAAGAGGUGUACAGCUUUAGAUAGUGUGUUGGUCUUGAUUUUUAGUCCACCUGGUUAUGGAGUUGGGCUAUUGGACACAAGGCGGUAUGGUGAAGUGUGCUAAGUGGAGAUUUAUGGACUUACCACGAUUCACAUGAAUUUUAGAUGAUGAAAUUCAGAAAGUCUGGAUAAUCGAAUUCCUCAUCUAUGGGAUUGGCACUGGGUGCAAUCAUAGAAACCUCCAGAGUUGCUUCUUGGGGCAACAAAGUAUGGUCCAGCUGUUGAUAUGUGGUCUGUUGGCUGUAUCUUUGCUGAGCUUCACCCUUAUCUGCAUAGCGCGCAACUGCAGCUGCAGACAGACUUCUAAACUAUAAAAAAAAAACGUGAGUAACUUCGACAGCUAGCAACUUUUUGAGCUAAAACAGAAGCAAAUCCCUAGCGCAGAGACAUCCGUCAGCGCGGAUUGCCUGGUGGGCCUGAUAGAUAUUCUUCUUGGCGAGGAGAGCUCGGGUAAACCAAGACCGCCACCUGAGAUCGAAGCUAGGGGAGAGAAAAACCAUCACCUGCGCCCUCGAAUUGUAUUGUCUCAGAGGUUUUUCGAAUUUUCGGCUGUGGCCUGAGAUUUCCCCUUGCGCCUACGAAUCAGGAUCAAUUCAAUGCGAGUAUGACCCAUGUUCAAGCCAUAUCCAUCUUGAUCUCCACCUUUCACCAUGGCAAGAAUCCUUUGGCUAUUGAUCAGAGAACCUUUGCCAAGUACACAGAAAAAACAGCUUUUGAGAGGCCAUUAAUGAGUGGUGUGGCAUAUGCUAUAAGGGUCCUUCACUUGGAAAGGGAGAAGUUCGAGAGGCAACAAGGUUGGUCCAUAAGAAAGAUGAACACCGUUCAACAAAAUCCAGUUCAUAAGGACAUUCACAUGCCAGAGAAGUUUGAGCCAUCUCCAGUCCAAGAGGAAUAUGCUCCAGUGAUCUUGGCUCAAGAUACUGUUGCUCAUAUGGUUUCUCUUGAUCUGCUGUCCGGGAAAGAAGAUUGUGACAAUGCGAUACGAGCAAGAGAAUCCGGGAAAGGGGUACUAACUACUCCUUUUAGGUUAUUGAAAACCAAUCGCCUUGGUGUAAUUUUGACAUUUGCUGUCUAUAAAAGGGAUCUCCCUGCAGAUGCAACUCCAAAGGACAGGGUGGAAGCUACUGAUGGGUAUUUGGAAGGUAUCUUCGACAUCGAGUCACUCGCAGAGAACUUAUUUCAACAGUUUGCAGGCAAAAAAACCAUCCUGGUUAACCUAUAUGACACAACUAAUCGUUCUCAGCCAAUCAGUAUGUAUGGCUCCGAAGUAUAUGUGGACAAAUUGGAGCACGUGAUUGCUCUUAACUUCGGUGACCCCCUUCGAAACCAUGAAAUGCGUUGCAGAUUCAAGCACAAAGCUCCAUUGUCGUGGCUUGCAAUAACGACUACAGGUUCUACUCUUGUGAUUACUUUGCUUCUCGGAUACAUAGUCUUUGCAACCAUGAACCAUAUGGCCAAAGUACAGGAGGAAUACAAUCGGAUGGUUGAGUUAAAGAAAAAGGCUGAGGCUGCUGAUGUUGCAAAGUCUCAGUUUCUUUCUACUGUUUCUCACGAGAUUAGGACCCCAAUGCAUGGUGUAUUAGGAAUAUUAGAUAUCCUUCUAGACACUGAUCUUGAUGUGACGCAACAAGACCAUGUCCGAACCGCACAAGCUAGUGGAAAAACUCUUGUCUCACUUCUGAAUGAGGUGUUGGACCAAGCAAAGAUAGAGUCUGGGAAGCUUGAUCUUGAAUCCGUACCGUUUGACCUUAGAGCCAUUAUGGACGAUGUUUUGUCUCUCUUCUCUGGGAAGUCUCAGGAGAAUGGGGUUGAGCUGGCAGUCUAUAUCUCUCACCGUGUUCCUGAUAUGCUCAUCGGUGAUCCGGGAAGGUUCCGACAAAUCAUCACCAAUCUCAUGGGAAACUCAAUUAAAUUCACUGAGAAAGGACACAUUUUUGUUACUGUCCAUCUUGUUGAGGAAGUGAUGGAAACCACAGACAUUGAAAGAGAAGCAUCAUCAAGAAACACACUGAGCGGGUUUCCUGUACCAGAUAAACGCCGUAGUUGGGCAGGAUUCAAAAAUAUUGGUCAAGAUGGACGCAAUUGCUCUCUCUCUCCCGACCGUAUCAGUGUGAUUGUGUCGGUGGAGGAUACAGGAGAAGGUAUUCCUCAAGAAGCUCAACCUCGCAUCUUUACUCCUUUUGUUCAAGUUGGUUCAUCCAUCUCUAGGAAACAAGCAGGAACCGGAAUUGGCCUUAGCAUAAGCAAAUGUUUGGUGACCCUAAUGGAUGGAGAACUUGGGUUUGUGAGCAUACCAAAGGUUGGUUCCACCUUCACAUUUACCGCGAGUUUUACAAUUGGUUGCUCGAAACAAUCUAAGAUUAUCUACCCAGAGUUUCAAUGCAUGAGAGCCUUAGUCGUUGAUUCUAGGCAAGUUAGAGCCAUUGUCUCUAAAUACCAUGUGCAAAGGCUUGGAAUUCAAGUAGAAGUAGUUCCUUCUUUAGACCAUGCUUUGUCUACUAUAAGUAUCGGGAAUGCGAUUUUCAGCAUGGUCCUAGUUGAACAAGUUGUUUGGGAUGCGGAUUCAGCAGUUUCUUCUCUCUUUGUCAACAAAUUAAGAAAACUUGACCAGCAACUUAGUUCAAAGCUAUUCAUCCUAGCAAACUCUGUUAACCAUUCCAAAAAAAGAGACAUGCUUGAGCUUCAUGGGUUGAGUAUAAUCAUGAAACCACUGAGGUCAAGUAUGUUGGCUGCGUCUUUGCAAAGAGCCAUAGGUGUGGGGAACAAGGGGAAUCUUCGGAAGCUCUCUAGUUUGUCUCUUUCGGGAUUACUUGCUGGAAGGAAGAUUCUUGUUGUGGAUGACAAUUAUGUGAACCUUAAGGUAGCUGCUGGUGCCUUGAAAAGAUAUGGAGCUGAUGUGGUCUUGGCUGAGAGUGGCGAGAAGGCAAUCUCUUUUCUCGAGCCUCCUCACACAUUUGAUGCCUGCUUCAUGGACAUCCAAAUGCCUGCAAUAGAUGGCUUUGAAGCUACAAGAAGAAUUAGGGAAAUGGAAGAUAACAUCAAUGACCGAAUUCAGAAUGGAGACGCAUCAAUUGAAGCAUGUAGAAAUAUCUCAAAUUGGCAUGUACCUAUAUUGGCAAUGACAGCUGAUGUCAUCCAAGCUACACAAGAUGAAUGCAUUCGAUGUGGGAUGGAUGGAUAUAUUUCCAAACCGUUUGAAGGCGAGCAUUUGUAUCGGGAACUUUCGCGUUUUUUCACAAGUUCACCUCUGAUGAAAUGUAUAGAGAACUUUUGAAUGAUUGGAUAGCUCAAUCAGAAGAAUGGUUCCUUGGUCAGUUCGUAAACUGCUCAAAUGGUUGUCAUAUUUCGCUCCUAUAUAGUGAUUCUGGAACUUGAAUGAAGGAACACUUUUUCAUGCAAGCUUCCACUUAUCGGCAAAUAUCUAACUAACCUCAUCGGGUGAUCCACAAAGCUCAAAAAUCUUGCAUGAUCGUCAUAUCAUUAAAUAAUAAAUUAUUUAAUUUUAUGGAG